AUGUCAAGAUUCGCGCUCGACAAGGUGCCUCGUGUUAGUUCGAAAACACAGCUUUUUCUCACGUGUUUUUCGAUGAUUUUGAUGAACAGCGAAAUAAUAGCAAGUGGACUCCCUUAUUCAGAGCCACCAAGCUUCAAAAUCGGGGAAAAGAUUCGUUUGGAGACAAUUUUGUCGUGUGGUACUGGCGCGUUCCAGAACAAACAAGAUUCAGUGUUUUGGUGUGAUUCAAAGGAGGAAGGUGAGAAGUUCCUGUUUCUUUAAAGACAGAUUCUAAGGCAUAUCUCUAGCUUCGCAAUAAACAAAGCAUUGUUUUAAAAGCUGACACCUCUUUGCUUAAAAUUGUUUACAUACUUUCAUAAUCAAAUUGCUUAGAGCUUUAUCUUGUACUAAAGCGACUGGGUUUAUUUUUCCUGCCUUGCACGUGUAGCGCAAUCAGCGAGCUUCAGUUAUUUGGGCGAUUCUUAUCUUUUACACAAUGGACAAUGGAGGUUUCAUCCAAAUAAAACAGGAAAGAAGAUGACUGGGCCGAUCUAUGUCAUGUUUCCUUUAGACAACGUUUGUUUGCAGCGUUUUCAGUUAAACAUGCCUCUAUCUUAUAUCGCUGAGUCAGAAAUAUUUCCUGUUGUCCCCCGAGAUCAAGAAGAGCUGACAACACAUCACAUCUCUUGACACUAAAAUAAACCGCUGAACUGAACUUCGACUGCAAUAUCUACGCAAGAGGAUAGGCUUUUUAGCCACAAAAUCGGUGAAAUUUCGCAAGUCAGAGGGAAGAACUCGCCUUCGUCUAUAUGACAGUGUCAAUUACCGCGGGAUCUUAACUUGAAGGGGUAUCGCUCAGUGAUGAAAAAUAAGUUAAUUGCGUCGUAAUGUCGAUUUUCACGUUAUAUAUAUUAAAUGGCGUGACACAAAUCUGGGAAAGAUUAUAAAAUUGCCCAUUGACGGACAUACCUUACGAAAUAUCCUUUAAGCUACUUUAUUGCGUCAUUUUUAGCGACCUAGCGAAUAUUGCGCCGUGAGCAGCACGUCAUUAACAAGCGAUGGAGACUUCUGCGUUGUAGCGAAAGUAAAUACGAUCCGUGGACACCAAGAGAUACCAUCUUGACGGUUGUUAGCGAGUCAUGCGAUCAUCAACAUGGAAUCAUGUGAAUCCUGGAUCACAGCAAUUAAUAAUAUCGUGGUCCAAAACCAACAAAACGCGUUAUGUGGCUUCGGAAACGACGCGAUUAUUAAGUGACGAAGAUUUCAAGUUUUAGGAACGGCCUCGACGGGCAAGUGAGGCAAUUACUGUACUUUAAUUGCCUCUCGACGCGAAUCUGAUGAUGUUAAAUUAACGUUCAUCGGCUGUUCGUGUCAGAAUCGAUUAGGCGCUUCUUAGUCUCUACGAAGAGGACGCGCGAGGGAAGAGAGUUUUGCGUGGGGGACGAUACGCGCAGCGAGUCGUGUAAAAUCCUUGGUGAGUCCCAAGUGGGCUGAUCAGCUUCUGUAGCAUCGAUGAGCCGUUUAGGUGCGUUUCUCUAUGUUGAACGCGCCUCUUCUAAUGGUAUUGAGUACAGAAUCGAUGAAAGAAUCUCAAGUGGAACACAGGAAAAUAAACGAGUGGUACAAAUAGUAUUUCCUAGUGACUUACGCCUGUAACAUUUGUGUGCAGACAUUGAAACGCACAAAAGGAAUGUCAAAGAAAAUACCGAGAAAAAAAGCCCGGGACUCCCUAGUUUAACAGUAUGAAUCUCUCCCCUCCUCCUCCCCCCCAAUUAAAUCUUGAGUCUGAAACGUUGAAGCCUCCACACCAAACACAUUUCUGGCAGCUCUUCCUUUGCCGCCUAUUAACUCUUUAACUUCCAAUAUCUGAUCGUUAAUUCUCCCCUCUGGCUACUACACUUUUCCUUGAAAUUAGUUACGAUAAUUUGGCGUCAGAUCAAACAACAACUUCUAUCUGAUGAAUUUGAAUAUUCUCAUUACCUUUUUGCUGGAUAAUGUAUGGAUAUUACAGGAAGAAGUUACGUGUUAAUCAGUUUUGGUAGUUAAAGAGUUUAAGGUCAAAGGGACGGGUCAACUACGGACCGUUUUUGGGAUGGGUGGGUCCGGGUGGAUCAUGUGCUACUUAAAAGCGAUUAAAAAUAUAUUUGUUACCUUUCUAAUGUUUCCAAGACCUUUGUUGGGCGUGAUCUGCCUAUUAUGUCCCUGUAACUCGGGAUGACUUUAAGUAGAAAUAAGAAUCAAACGUCUUCUUUUUUCUUAUUUUGGUACCAGACGAUUCUAACCAGACGAAUGGAAAUCAAAGUGACACGUGUUCCGCAUGCGAUCCCUUGACAAAUGCUUCAUAUAGCAUAAAGAGCGUACUGACAGGGAAUGGAGUGAGGGAAUGGAGGUCUCUCCCAAAGAAUAAGGAGAGUAUUCUACAGGAGCUCAACAUCACGAUCAACUUUCCACAGGUGAGCAUUGUUUAG